GUAGUGUUCUGAAAGAACGAUGCAUUUUUUCAAUUACUUACUAGUAUUCUCGGCUUAUUUGUAUGGCAACCUAGAAGCAGCCACCUCCUCGAGAAAAAAAAUAAAGAACAGAGUAGAGGGUUGGGAAAAUGCUUCUUCAAAUGAGUCUUCUUUGAUUCCACUAGUUAAUCUUGGAGGAAAGAGUUACUAUUUUGGAAUAUAUUUUACGGCCACAUAUUUGGAAGCAGAUCAGUUUUGUAGAGACAUUAAUAUGGACUUGGUAAGAGUGCAGACUUCCGAAGAAAAUGACAAACUUUAUAAAUAUGUCCAAGAACAAACUAAGCAAGAUCACUUCUGGACUGCUGGUUCCAAGUUAUUGGACAAGAAAAACUGGAUUUGGAUGACCACUGGAGAGAUAAUAGACUACACCAAUUGGGGUAGUGGACAACCAGAUAACCCAAAUACUGAAUUGUGCCUUGAACUAUGGCUGUUUAAAGGCAAAGGGUUGUAUUUUAAUGACAGGGACUGCAACGUAAAGUUUCCUUUUAUUUGUGAAAAAAACAAGCAUCAGCAAAAUGGGUCUUCCCAUGGAAGUAAUUCCAACUGGCCAGCAGUUUUUCAAAAUCCAAGUGUGUCGCCAAAUAUUAACCUGCUACACUUUGAAGGGAAGAGUUACUACUUUGGAACGAACUUUAAGGCCACAUAUCUGCAAGCAUUUCAGUUCUGUGAAAUUAUUAACAUGAAACUAGUUUCAAUUACCUCAGACGCAGAAAAUAGUAGAAUACAUAAAUAUCUUCGAGAUACCGGUGUUGUAGACAGCUUUUGGUCGUCAGGUUCCAAAGCCAUCGACGGAAAAACUUGGGUUUGGCUGUCAUACGGGAUAAAAGUAGAAUACACACACUGGCUGUCUGGCCAACCAGAUAACGUGAACGAACAGUGCCUUGAACUCGUGCAAAAGAAAGAGGAGGGAUUAUUAUGGAACGAUUUAACUUGUACUAAUCUACUUUACUUUAUUUGUGAGAGGAACGAUCGCAUAAUACCUCUUUUACCACCAUUAGGACCUGGACCAGUUACUCAACCAACAGCUCCUGUUGCUUCGCAUACAACUACCGUUGAAGUUCAUCCGACUGCUCAAUAUCCAGAGAAUCCUUCGCUACCUAUAACGGUCGUAGGGGGAAAACCAUACCGGGUUAGCCAAAUUAGUGCAAGUCAAGGAAAUGCAUCCCAAAUAUGCGAACAGUACGGGAUGGAAUUAGUCAGCAUAGAAGACAAGAAGAAAAACGAUAUCGUCACCAACUUGAUUAAACAGUCUGGAAAAUCUGGUGCUGAAGACAAUUAUUGGACGUCCGCAAAUAAACAAUCUGAUGGCAAGUGGGUGUGGUGGGACAAUCAACUAGUAACUUACACCAACUGGGCCAAAGGCGAACCAAAUAAUGCAGACAAGCGUGAAUUUUGCCUGGAGCUGUAUCCUGAUGGCCAAUGGAAUGACUUAGCUUGUGAGCGUGAGUUCUACUUCAUCUGCGAAAGUCCCUUUAAGGAAAACUCUCAUCACUGUGCAUCACAGCCUGUCAUUAACGUAUACGUCAACAACAAUCAGUGUUCCAAUGCCAAGAACGCAACUGUCACUGAGGUAAAGAAAGUAGCUACUUCCAAAGAUGGGGAGGGGUACAACGUUGAGAUCAACAAUAACAUUGAAACUUGUCCCAAGGCAGUACCUCAUAAAUAAAUUAAACUUAAACACAUAAGCGUUUUUUUCAAAUUGUCUUGCUUCUUUGAUUUGUGCCGUUCGACUAAAACAAAGAAUUAUUCUUAAGUAUCGUCUUACUCUAAUCAUUUCUAUCUUUAUAUAUUUCAUAAGUAAUCGAUUUUCUUAAUAAGAAAAUUAUUUUGAGUUUGAAAAUAAACUAUAUGACAUAUUUUUUUCAACAUAAAUCUACUGUUUUCUAUAUAGUUCUUUCAGUUGAAGAACUUAGAAGCAAAACACAAUGAAUGACAGUUAUUUAUCUGAUGUGAACUUACCAUGGAUGUAAAUUAACAUAUUUAC